AUUUGCCACGUAUCAACUCAAAGGACGCAACCAUUUGUCGCUUAACUUAUCAGAACGUUAAGUGAUUUGAAAGAUCGAAUGUUCAAAGUUUUGAGCCAUCAACUAGUAAAAGUUGCACAAAAUAAUUUGCCACGUAUCAACUCAACGGACGAAGCCAUUUGACGCUUAAGAAAUCUGAAAGAUCGAAUGUUCAAAGCUUCAAUCGUCGACCAGUAAAAGAAUUUGUUCAUGCUAGCUGCAUGCAAUCCGAACAUAUGUAUGGAGAUCAAUGGGAUAGAUGGAAGACGGUCUGUCGGUCGUCUGCUUUUUGCAGUAAAACAUGUAGUUUUAUAGUCUGCGCACAGAUAAAUCAAACGAAGUUACAAUUCCAAACAAGAACAAUAUGCUUACCAAAAACAAAUCACUGCCAUCUUAAACAAGAAAUCACAAGUGGUGAUGAUGCUGAUGCUAAAGAUGUCGGAAAUUCUCCUGGUGUUGAAAAUACAAAACAAGAAAUCACAAGUGGUAAUGAUGCUAAUGCUAAAGAUGUCGGAAAUUCUCAUGGUGUUGAAAAUACAAAACAAGAAUGGCAGUUGCAAGAGUGGGAAUAUCUUGGUCAUUCAGUUCAGCAUAGAAGUCUGUUGUCAGAAUUGUGUUAUCCCAGAACAGACAUUAAACAUGUGGGCAAUGUACGUGUAAUUUUCUCAGACGAGUUUUGCAUUGGCAAAGGAAAUAAUGAAACCCGUGUUUAUCUUGGACUGACAAAGGAUGGUUACGGUAAAGCAGUGAAACGAAUACGUCGAGAUAACUGCCUCAAGGAUGCACUGCAAGAAAAGAAAAUUUUAAAUGAUUUCAACGCAAAAAAGUCGAGAUAUGUUGUAAAUUAUUCCAACAUAGAAGACAAAAUCGGAUCAGAAUAUGUGUAUUUGAUAUUAGACUUAUGUGAAGAAUCGCUGGAAAAUUUUGUGAAUUCUUCUUCUCAACCUGAUCUUCUAAAAGCUCUUCCUGAAAUUCUAAAGCAAAUUUUAAAAGGAUUGGUGGAUCUUCAUAGCAGUGUACCAUCUAUACUUCAUCGGGAUUUAAAGCCAUCCAAUGUUCUCCGAGACUCACAAAGCGAAUUUCUCAUAGCUGACUUUGGUAUCAGUCGAAUAUUAAAGAAUGGUUCUAAGACAUAUAAAAGCAAGGGUAACAUGGGAACUGAGGAUUGGAUUGCUCCUGAAUCAUACUGGGAAGAUAAGGAGCCAGUCGAUCAAGGACGAUACAAAAAAGAGUCUGAUAUAUAUAAUGCAGGAAUGGUGGCUUAUUAUGUUGCAACAAAAGGGAAACAUCCUUUUGGUGGUAAACGGCUUAGACUGGACAACAUGUUGAAGGGAAACCCUGUUGGCUUGGACGAAAUCAAGGAUGAGACACUGAAAGACCUUCUAUCGUGGAUGUUAAAUCUAAAACCAGAAGAUCGACCAUCUGCCAUUCAAGCGUUAAAACAUCCAUUUCUAAUGUCGGAUGACGAUAAGUUUGACUUUUUAUGUAAAGUUGGAAACCAACAGCCAAUAAAGAUAAGCGAGACCGAGUCAAGUGUAGUCAAACAAUUAAAUAGCAAGUAUUCAAAUUGGAAAAGUUUCAUGGACACUGAUGUAUAUGAUUAUUUAAGAACAGACGAGGUAAAUGGAAAAAUAUAUAAGUAUGGUCCUUCAUUGACACAAUGCCUGAGACUAAUUCGAAAUAUAGGCCAACAUUGGUAUGAUCGACCACGGCCAAGACCACAACUAUUUUAUGAGAUUGGCGAUCACAAGGCAUUUUUUCUCAAGACAUUUCCCAAUCUCCCUGCUUGGGUGCAUGCUGCUGUGAGGUCAAAUGAAGAAUUUAGAAACUAUGAAGAACUCGAGAACUUUUUUAAUGAAAGCAAACCACAUCAAUAAACAGUUUCAAACAGCAACAUGGAUCAACUAGUUCACGCAAAUCUGCUUUCUAUAUUUUAAUGAAUUUGCAGAUCAUAUUAAAUUAGCACAUUAUUUCAUGUUA